CCACGCUGUCUCGUGUAACUACUGUUCAGCUGCUUUUAUUCGAGUUUCAUAUUAUUUUAUCUUUAUCCGACGAAACGGUCGGGCACAUUUGCAUUUCAUUCUGCGUUUUUGAAACCCUUGCGCCUAUUUUUUUGCGUAAAGUUUUGUUUUAUGUUAGUUAACGUAGUUGUUCAUAUUUUCAGUAAACGUGGUAAGAGAUACAGUCCAGAUUUGCAGACAGUUUGCACAGAAAGCAGCGAAAAUGAGCAGCAUUGUCAAAGAAGAGACACGCAGUGUUUCGCCUCAUUGUCCCAAACCCAAUGAAUCUGAAGAGCCUGAGGGUACCUCUGUUGAGGGUGCAAAUACAGAAACAUGCAUUGUUCCUGAGAUGAUCAUUACCAAAGAGAUGGAAGAGGAGGAGAAACAUCUGAUGGAAGAGGGAGAGAAAAAGGAGAAAGAAAUGUUGGAGGAGGCCAGGCAGUCAUGUGAGAAAGAUACCCAAGAGAUGCGAUUCAAAAGACUGCAGCAUCUUUUGCAGAAAAGCAACAUCUACUCAAAGUUUCUCCUUACUAAAAUGGAGCAGCAGCAGCAAGAGGAAAAAAUAAAAAAGGAGAGGCUUGAAAAGAGAGCUGCUAAUUUGAAGCAAAAGGGCACCAGUCAAAAGCCUGUGAAAGCUGAGAGAAAGAAGCGUGAGAGAGAGGACUACAAAAUCGCCGAUGUCAUGUCCAAAGAGGAAAUUCUCUCAAAGGCCAAAAAACCUAAAUUAGAAGCGGACGCUGAUACAUCCGUUACACUGGAACCUGAGGAAAUUGAGAAACUGGGUGAGACAAACUCUGACAUUAAAGGACGACUGUCUGAGGCUUUACGAGAAAACAGCAAGCAGAUGGUGGAUCCAGAUAGAAAAGUGAACGGCCAACCUGUGCCCGCACAGCAACCCACUCUUUUCACUGGCGGUGUGAUGAGAUGGUACCAGGUGGAGGGAAUAGAAUGGCUUAGGAUGCUGUGGGAGAACGGUAUCAACGGUAUCCUCGCCGAUGAGAUGGGCCUUGGAAAAACCAUUCAGUGCAUUGCCCAUAUUGCAAUGAUGGUUGAGAGAAAAGUUCUUGGGCCCUUUCUAGUCGUAGCACCUUUGUCAACUCUUCCAAACUGGAUCAGUGAAUUUAAACGCUUUACACCAGAGGUGUCUGUCCUGCUGUAUCACGGCCCUCAGAAGGAAAGGAUGGACCUUGUGAAACAGAUCCGUAAACACCAAGGUCCCCUCAAAAUGUAUCCUGUGGUGGUUACAUCCUUCGAAAUUGCAAUGAGAGAUAGAAGGUUUCUCCAGCGUUUUCACUGGAAUUACUUGAUUGUGGAUGAGGGCCACAGGAUCAAGAACCUGAAUUGUCGGCUAGUGCAAGAACUGAAGAUGUUACCGGCUGAUAACAAACUGCUCCUGACAGGAACGCCCCUGCAGAAUAACCUGUCAGAGCUGUGGUCUCUCCUAAACUUCCUGCUUCCAGAUGUGUUUGAUGACCUGAAGAGUUUUGAGUCAUGGUUUGACAUCAGCACCAUCACUUCUGAUACAGAAAAUAUUGUAGCCAUCGAGCGAGAGCAAAACGUCCUUCACAUGCUUCAUCAGAUCCUCACUCCUUUCCUGCUAAGAAGACUGAAGUCAGAUGUCACACUGGAGGUUCCACCAAAGAAAGAGAUUAUUGUGUAUGCUCCCCUCACCAACAAACAAGAGUCCCUUUACAUGGCCAUUGUUAACAGGACCAUAGCAAAGCUACUGGGCCAGGAGAAGGAUGAUUCAAGACCCGUGCAGCUGACGUCCAGCGGCCGUCCGAAACGCAAGACAAGGAAGAUGGUGGACUAUUCAGAGAGCAACACCGACUCCGCCAAAGACUUUGAGAAAUACCUGGCAAAGGUUCAGAAAGAGAUGGAAAGUCAGGAAAGCUCCGGCCCAAUUGUGGAUGUGUAUAUGCCGGUCGAUGCUCAAAUCAACCUGAAACUGCAGAACAUACUGAUGCUGCUGAAAAGAUGCUGCAACCAUGCAUAUCUGAUUGAAUAUCCUUUGGACCCCGCCACAGGAGAUUUCAAGAUCGAUGAACAGUUAGUGGAAACAUCAGGGAAAUUUCUUGUCCUGGACCGAAUGCUUCCUGAGCUGAAGAAAAGAGGACACAAGGUGUUGAUUUUUAGCCAGAUGACUUCUAUAUUAGAUGUGCUGAUGGAUUACUGUUACCUCCGGGGUUAUGAGUACAGCCGCCUGGACGGGUCUAUGAGUUACGCAGACCGAGAUGAAAAUAUGAAGAAGUUCUCCUCCGAUCCAGAGGUGUUCCUCUUCCUUCUGAGCACUCGAGCCGGUGGGCUUGGGAUCAAUCUGACAGCUGCCGACACGGUCAUCAUAUUUGACAGUGACUGGAAUCCUCAGGCAGAUUUGCAAGCCCAAGAUCGGUGUCAUCGUAUCGGGCAAACGAAACCUGUGAUGGUAUACCGCCUCGUUACGGCCAACACCAUUGAUGAAAAGAUCCUGGAGAGAGCAUCCGCCAAAAGAAAGCUUGAGAAGAUGGUUAUACACAAAAAUAAAUUUAAAGGUUCAAAGGCAGAACUAAAACAGACCAAAAGCUGCAUUGAUGUGAAUGAACUGGUAGAUCUUCUGAAAUCCAGAGACUACGAAAGGGCAGUGAAAGGAACUAAAGGAAAGGUCAUCAGUGACGCUGAUCUGGAGUUCCUACUGGACCGUAGAGAUUUAAUGGAUCAAGCAACGAAGCGCGUGAAACAGGAGAAGAAUGGCGUGUUUAAGGUUAUCGAGGCCAAAGAUAACAAUGAUGAAAUAAGUCUGUCCUGAACUGAUCAAGAAACAAGCACUAAAGCCUUCCUGCUGGUUGUACAGAAAGAUUGAGUCUUUCUACUGUUUUAAGAUUUUGUGUCAAUCAAUGCUGCUUUAAUCAGCCUAUACACCAGUAGUUAGGAACCGUUUAGCAUUUCUUAAGUACAUUUUCAAAUGUUGUGUUAUGUUGUAAUCGCACUAAACCAGCAGUUUAUAAAUACCGUUGCAUUUAAUGUCUAGUUGACUGAAUAGGAGCAUCAUGCAUCUAGACAGUAAUGCUCUUUAAAGCACUUUGAGUUUUAAAUACUGUAAAACGUAGACUUUGCCUUUUUUUUGUAUUUCAUAUUUUCUUGUCUUCAAAAUAUAAUAAAUAUUUUGUAUGUUGUCA